AUCUCCAUUGAAUUCAGGCGAUUUUAUUAUCUUAAAGUUGGCAAGAGCGAAGAACGCACCAUCUUUCGGGUGCCGCCAGUACUUCUUCAGCGGCGACUGUGGACGGGCAGCGAGGUGAUCCGUCACUUGCGGGUCACUCACCUGCAAUAACUUGAAUUACUUGUUAUACUGUUUAUAAUGGAGAAGAGGAAACUAAUUUACUUUUAAAGUUUUCGAUACAUAUUUACAAAAAUGUAAUUUUUUUUACUUUUACUAUGUAUGAAUUAUUCGACGAGAAUUCGGCAGGUUCAUGAAUCUGACAGUAGUGUUCGUGUGUGUGUGUUUGUGUGAAGUGUUUUGUAAACCGUCCGGAAAGCAGAAAAUGAUUACAAGACUGAUGAAUUGAUCAUUAUAAUCGUGAACCAGUAUUUUUAGAUACAUGUUUAUCUAACUUGUGUCAAUUUUGUGAAUUCCGUGAUAAGUAUGCAGCUAUACAAGAUAUGAAGCAGAUUCAAGAGACCAGGUUUAAAGGCAAUAGCAAACCAUGGACGACAAGAAGACAAGAUAUAUAGGAUCAAAAGUUUCUCAGAUUGCCACAAUUUUCCAAAAUGCAGCUCCUGCAAAAGAAGCAGAAGUACUGAAUACUCCUGUUGUUUCAAAAUUCAAGCAAACGAAAGGAGGAAAUGAUGGCACUGCUGAAAGUCGCGACUCACCCUCUCCCGUCAAUCCAGUUUUGGUUGUUCGCACUGAAAGUCAUGUUGCUCGAUUUAACAAUGCACGAGCUCUGUUUGAAAAGAUGGCAGCAGAUAAAUCUCCUGCAGGUUCUGGAGGAGCAUCACAAAAAACAGUUUCUGCACCUCAGCAACUCAAUCUGCGUUCAGAUUUGUCACCUACUCAUACCUCUCCUAUUCGCCGAAAUGCGGGGCCAUCACCUCCAAGAGAACGUCCACUUUCUGAUAUCAUCAGCCCCAGUUCUAAUACAUCACUUUUUGGGAUCUCAAAAACUGAUAUACUUAAUGGUCAUAAACUGCACAUGACUAAUGGGCCUCACACCAAUGGAAAAUCUGAAUGUUUGGAUGAAAUACCUUUACACAGUAUUUCUAGUCCAGACUCCGGAUUUGAAAGGCAGUUUCCAGAGUCUGCCAAAGUUGUAGAGAAUUGUCAUGUAAAUGGUUCAGGGAAAUUGGAAAGAGAAUUGCAUGGUUUGAGUAAAAUAGAUAAGGAAUCUGCAGGAAAAGAUGAUAGAGGAAUGCAGUGUGAUGGGUCGUUAUCACCUGAUUUUAAAAAACCAGAGAAACCAGAAAGAAAAUUCAUUAGUCGGGAACUGAUAGAGAAACAGAAAAAUUGGACUUCUCAUUUUUCCAAAUUAAGGCCAGCAAGAUGCAGUAGUGAGCCAAACAAAACCGAAGUGAAAGCAAGCCUAACAGCAAGUAGUACAAAACCUGAAGUACCACCAGGGAAGCCUGUUUAUUGUCGUUCUGACAAUAGUCCCUCUGCAAACAUUCCUGCAACUCGUAGUGCAUCAUUUACUGCUGGCAGGAGCACAUGGCAAGAGUUGGCUUCUACUAAUCCACAAAAGUCUCCUUCUGGUUCACUGAUAAUUUCAGCAGAGGAGAAACAGGAAAAAGAACUGCAGGAGAAGAAUGUUGAAGAAACGUCCCCAAAUAAUUCACCAAUCAGCUCUCAAGGAGAGGAUAAGACUAAACUGCCGCCUUCUGAAGACAAAAGUACUGAGUCUUCUCUUUCUUCUCCAGGUCGCAGCAGUGAUGACCAAUUAGAUGAUUCAUCUUGUCAAUUAGAAGAUGAAUUGUAUUGUCAAUCAAAAGGCCUUAUAAAGGAGGAAACUGCAUUUGGGCAGACACAUACCCAGUCUGAAGUUGCUCAAGAAUGUUUUGGUAAUGUACAUUUAUCUCAGGAUGAAAGAUUGAAAUCAAUCAACUUACUGCCUGAGAAGAGAAUUAGUGGCCUAGAUGAAAAAUUGUUAGUGGACCAUGUCAGAAAUGAGACUGAAAAAAAAUUACAGAAGACUGAACAAGCCUUGAAAACAACUGAUCUUUUGCAUCAACAACACUUUCCUAAUGUGCCAAACAUUUCAACAAGUGAAAAGUUAAAUGAAGAAGAGAAACUAAAUGAAAAAACUGAGGAAAAGAAAGAGGACCAGACAAGAGAAACAGCUAGAGCAAUUGAAGAAAGUAUAUCAGAAGUAAAGAAAGGUAACGGAAAAGAAGAAAGAAAGGAAGAAGAGGAAAAGAGAAAAGAAGAUGAGGGACAGAGAGAAGCAAUAAAGAAAGAAGAUGAGGAGAAAUUAGAGGAAGAGAAUGAGAUAGAGGGGGGUACAAAACAAAAUCAAGAAGAACAAAACAGUGAAGAAGAGAAAGUAAAAAUAAUUGAAGAGAGAAAAAUAGAGGAAGUGGGAAGGAGAAAAGAAGAGAGAGAAACAGAGGAGUACAGAAAAAAUAUUGAGAAAGGAAGGGAGGAAGUUGAAGAAAGAGAAGAUAAGGAUGAAGAGGAAAGGGGAGAAGAAAAACAAGAUGAGGACGAGGGGAAAAGAGAACAUUUAAAGGGGAAAGAAGAUGAGCAAUGUAGCGAAGUGAAAGUAUCAACUGACCACAAUGAAAGGAAUAUAAGUAGUAACAAUGAAGAGAAAAAUAUAGAAGUAGUUUUGGAAUGUGGUGAAAAGAAAGGAGAGACAGAAUCUAGUAGUGAGAAGUUUGUUGAGCCAGUAUCUCACAUAGUUGUUGUGAAUGACUUGUAUGCCAUAGUAAGACGCAAAGAGGAAAGGGAUGUUUCUGACAGAACUUCUGCAAAGAUGGUAGCAGAGAAACCUAACACUACACAAUAUUGUGAGCCACCGGUUAUAUUAAAAAGAGAAAUACCUAGUGUUAGGGGUUUGCUCCCAUUGCCCAGUAAUGUUCCAGUUGCAAAUAAGUAUGAUGAUCAGUCCCCUGAAUAUGAAGAAGUCUUGGAGCCACUUGGUCGUGGUGGUAUGAGUGACAGCUUUAAUUUAGGUCCUGGGCGAGCGCUGAGUGGGGCCUCAUCAGAGGGCAGUAUUCUUGAUCUUCAUGAUGUGGAAUACGCAGACGCUGAUGCAGAAGAUAGUGAUGAGAAAGAUGAAGAUAAAGUUCUCUCAUCACAGACUGGACCUCUGUCCACCACGGAAAGCCCUACAUUACUGGAGGAAGCCAAAUCAGAACUGUCUGACCUGAGUGAUGCCACUGAUGAGGUGAAAGAGAAACCAGACCUCCCAGAUACAAUGACUCCUGAUGAGGCUGAAAAUCUGCUUAGCACUAGUAUACUGGAAAAGAAACGACGUCAAGAAGGAUUACUUUCUGAUGAAGAAGCUCAGGAGGUUUGUCGACUUCUCUCUCCAACGGAUGAUAAGGAAAGGGAUGAUCCUGAAUGGAUGCAUGAUGUCCUUUCUCUAACCAGUGAUUCUGUUGUCCAAGAGUCAUCACUAGACUACAGAUCAAGAAGUGAAAUGAGUGUCACAAUGGAAGAUUCUAUGAUUUCAAGUCAUAUUGGGUCACAGUCAGGAUCCGAAUCGGGCCUUCUUGGAUCAGUUAGUAGUCUCAACGAUCAGGAACCAGGAGAUUAUGACAUAAGAUUUGAUGAUUACAGGCCUGUACCUGGAAAAGUGAUCAUUGUGGAAAACGGUGUUCAUUACUUUGAAGAUGGACAUUUUUGGAUGGAAGUUCCUGGUCUGCCUGAAUCAGAUGAUGAAGAUACAGAUUUCCCCAUUCCAGUUAAGAAAAAUACGAAAGUUACUUUCAGCACUGGUCCAAUUAAGGUAUACAGUACUUUCUCAGUUAAUGAUUAUGAUCGUCGAAAUGAAGAUGUGGAUCCAGUGGCUGCGUCAGCUGAGUAUGAACUUGAAAAGCGAGUUGAGAAAAUGGAUGUCUUUCCAGUCGAACUAACCAAAGGCCCUGAGGGUUUAGGCCUUAGUAUUAUAGGAAUGGGUGUGGGGGCUGAUGCAGGUUUAGAGAAGCUGGGAAUAUUUGUGAAGACUAUCACCGAAAAUGGAGCAGCAGCUCGAGAUGGAAGAAUUCAGGUGAAUGAUCAGAUAAUUGAAGUUGAUGGGAGGUCAUUGGUUGGAGUAACACAGGCUUAUGCAGCCUCUGUAUUACGAAACACUUGUGGACUAGUGAAGUUUUUGAUUGGUCGUGAAAAAGAUCCUCAGAACAGUGAAGUGGCUCAGCUCAUCAAACAAUCACUUCAGGCUGACAAAGAACGUGAGAAUCAACGGCGACAACUAGAGCAACGAUCACGGAUAAGCAGUACAACAGAAGGCUCUUGCUCUGAGGACAGUACAGUUGCAUCACCUACCAGUUCAAUAACAGUAGAGGGUAUUCCUGUCGGUGGGGGAGUGCCUGGCAAUACUUCUGUCGAACCAGAACCUCCCAGAGCUUCAUCAUCACUAGUCAAUGAAGUAGAGACACCUUGGCAGGUUUUGCAAGAGUUGGUUGAAAUGGAACAAACUGGUGCUGAUAGUGAACGAUAUGCUGAACAACUUCGACAGUCAGCUUUGAAAUUGCAUGAGACUGAAUGUAACCUUCUUAAUGCCAAAAGGGAAAUUUCUAAUUAUCAAGAUAUGCUGGAACAAUCGCAGGGUCAAUAUAUUGCCUUGGAAAGGAAGUAUAGCAAAGCUAAAAAGCUGCUCAGAGAUUUUCAGCAGAGAGAGAUGGACCUCCUUCACAGAGAGGAGUUCUAUGUACAGCUGUCUCAAGAAAAGGAUACCGAAUACAAUGCUCUAGUCAAGACUCUAAAGGACAGGGUCAUCCAGUUGGAACAAGAAUUGCUUGAAACUCAGCGAAAAGCAGGGCUACCUUCAGUGUUACCCUAUGACAGCACAGGUUUACGUCAGCUGACACCUCAACCUCUUCGCCGACCCCAGGCUCCUCCCGUGAAACCAUUAUUGCAACAACUUGAAACAGAACUUUCUGAUACAGAAAUUUCAGAUAUAAGUCCGGAAGAUGGGGACAAAACUGCAACAGUUGAACGGAAGAUGCCAGUGAAGGAAGAGUUGGACAGAGCUGUUCCUCCUCAUGAAUUAUUGGAUGUGUCAGCCUCAAAAGCAAAAGCAGAACUAGCAACAAGAGGGGGUCUUGCUGGACGCCAAUUGCCAUCUGGCAAGAAGAAUGGUGGGCUUAGUAAUAGCAGCUCAGAAUAUGGUUUAGAUGAGAGUAGUGAUAAUUCCAGUGAUGAUGAAAAAAAUAAUUCACGGUUUAUUAAUUAUAUUGGUAACAGUGAAAAUAGAACUGAAAUUAAGACAGUUUCUUCAAAUUCAUCCAGUUGUAACCAGCCUUCUGUAUCUCGACCUACUGUUUUAUCUUCUUCAUCUUCCUUCAGCAGCACUGGUGUCUCCCCAAGUUCUUCUACUGUACAUAUGCAUAAUGUAGUGAGUCAGUAUUCAGCAGUGCAUCAACAGCAGCAACAGCAAUCGCUUCAACAACCACCGUACCAACAAAAAUUGCAUCAUCCUUUGCAAUCUCAGCAACAGACAUCACACUCAUCUUCAGCUUUGCUUCAGCAGAGCUCUGGGCAUAUUAAGCAACACAGUCGAAUUAUGUCAUCAUAUAAUUCUACUUCUAAUGCUAUAUAUUCCCCUGCAACUCAUAGUCCAUCGUCGCAAGCUCUUCACAUCCAUCCACAUCAUAAUCCUCCUCAUUCCACACCCCCUGCAGCCCCAAAUGCCCAGCAUCACCCAAGUCCUGAUCCAUGGGUGAUCCGUGGCCAAGGGAAAAGCCAGAACCCUUCCUACCCCACAGGCCCACCUCACGGCCUGGCUGCCCCUCCUCCUUCCCUCGCCGAGCAAUUGAAACAAGUGCUGGCCGAACGAGAACGGCGCAUUUCUGGGGAUGUUCCAAGUAGAGAAACCAUCACUGAAGUGAAGAAAGGUGUUUCACAGACGAACUUCAACUUCAUGACAAUAUCAUACUUGUUUAUUUCAGAUUUUAUGUGGCCACAGCAAACAGUCACUCAAGAUAUUCCACCUCCAUCUCCUUCAUCAGUAUCAUCGUCUGGCAGUAUUUCACCUGGUGGCCCUGCUAGUGACGCGAGUGCAGGCAGACUAGGAGCAGAUCCAGAAGUAUGGAGCCCUACACAUCCUCAAGAUUCGCAAACCUCUUUUCAGGGUGAAAGAAAAUCACAUUUCUGGCAAAGUGCACCAGUUACAGAGUGGUCAAAAGAACAGGUUUGUCAGUGGCUUCUGACUCUAAACAUGGAACAAUAUAUCUCAAAAUUUCUGGAACAGCAAAUUACAGGAUUAACUUUGCUGCAGUUGGAGUCGCGUGAUCUAAAACAGUUCGGCAUCAAUGGAGAAGAUAAGAACAAACUGAAACGAAAACUAAAGGAGCUGCGGGUUCAGGUGGAGAAGGAACGGCGUCAACAAGAGAAGGACCGCAAAGAGAAGGAACGUCUGCAGCGUAAAGCUGAAAAGUUAGCUGAAAAAGCAGGCAAAAGGAAAUUGUGAAUUGUAAUUUGGUAUGCGAGUGUUGCUCAUUUUCAUUCCCCAAUGGAAGAGGGAAGAGAAUGGCUGUAAUGGUAUUCCCUCAAGUUUUAUUUGUGAUGAAUGAAAAUAAUGUGUAUAUUUAUAACUUGUAUGAAAGAUUUACAUGUGAACUUUUAAGUCAUUCAUAUGAUUUCAGAACAGUCAUUGAUUCGUAUUUUAUUUAUAGCCUUUUAGUGGUCUAGUAGAAAUAUGUAUUGUCAGAUAUUGUAUGUUUUGCAAUGUGUAUAUUUCUUACUAACAGAAUUGCUACAUGCAAGAUAGUUCGUGUCCAGGCAGUUAUUUUAAUUUUUAAAUCGUGUAUUCAGCAGUAUUCGCUAGUGCAGAGAUGGCAGCUGGAACGACUGAGUAAUGUUAAUACCAUAAUACUCACUGUCAAUUUCCACGUGGUUAAUUGUUUUAUAUAAAUGUUCUCUCUGCUUGAGAGGUAGUCUGUUCUGAAGCACUCUUUUUAUGUCAUUUGUAUAAUGUUUUAUACUGUCCUAAGUAGAAAGGCUAAAACUAAUUUGACAUUAAAUAUAGAGGCGUUGUUAUUACAAAAUGUUGAAUAAAAAAUUGUUUUGACUGUGGGCAUUACACAUUAAGUUGCAUUUGUGUAUGAAUGAAGCUGUGACCGGAAGUUAUAUUAAAAACACAAGAGAAAAAGCUUGUGAUUUUUAAGUUGUACAGCAUUUUGAUUAUUUAUUCACUCUGUAUUUUUUAUUCAGUACAAAAAUGUUAACUUUCCUGUUGUUAAACCUUGUUUUGAAGGUUGGUUUUCUUUAUUAAAAUAACUUAAUAAAACAUAACUGAUCACUAUUUUAAACAUUUUAUAUUGAUAUUUGCUGUCAAAUGUACUUAUGUAUCGAAUACUCAGAACAAUAUAGAAUGAUUUUCAGGAGCCAAUUGGAAUCUUAGCAACCUUUCGGCAGCUAUUUAAGUUAAUUUUCAGUUAAUAUUUUUAUCUUCUGGCGCAUUUUGUAUAAAAUGACUUGCUUAAAAUAUGCAAGGUGGAAUUGAGACACACUUUGUUAUGCAAGAAUUUAGCCUGGUCAAGAACUUUAUAUACUUUUAUGACUGUUAAUAAUCAAUUUUGACAUUACUAGGAUGUUACAAAAAAGUAUGAAACAAAUUAUUGUAGGUAAGUCAAUAUUAGUUCAGUUACUGUAGAUUAUAUGUAUUAAUGUCUAUUUCUAUCAAUAUAAUGACCAUGUGUGAUAAUAGCUCAUACAUGUAAUUUUAAAUGUUACUGAAGUAAUAUUGCAGCAGGAUUCUUAUUUACCUGAUGGCAUUGGUACAAAAAGGACCAACAUUAUUGCUGCCAUAAUCCUUGCCAUAUAUAGCUUGUAUCUAGUUUCAUCAAAAUCUUGGCAACAAUUUUUAAUAAUUUGGCAUACUUAUAUAUUGAUAUCAAUUUACAAAACUGUUUUGAAAUGUUUUUUGUCAGGAAUUAUUGCAUAUUUUCGGACACAUUCAUAUGUAAUCUUUGGAACAUUUGUAGUAAGUACAUAUCUGGUAAAUAAUCAAUAAUUCCAAAAUCACUUUGUAAAUGAAUGUUUUGUAUUGUAUAUGAAUGAUUUUAAAACCUUGUGUCUCUUUCCUCAUUCCUUACCUUCAAGUUUGCGGUUUGAACUGCUUUCUAUGAUGGUACAAACACAUUAACAAACUCAUUUUAUGCACAAGUUUUAUCAAUG